GGCUGUUGCGCGCCCCGGGUUCGUUCGCCCGCCGCUCGUUUAUUAUCUCUCUCGGUACCCCGAGACCCGGCCGACACGGCGCGUCGUCCACCGGGAGCAGCAGCGCGAGGUGCUCUGCCGCCGUCUCCUUUUCUCACUCUUUCUCUCUCUCUCUCUCUCUCUGUCUCUUUCACUCGCUCUCCUCGUUCCUUUUCUCACCUCCUCUCUUACUUACUGUCUCCUUCUCCCUCGUACACGCGAGUGUGAUCGGUAUAGUGCGACCAGUGCGACGUGAUACGUUCUCGCUCGCGGAUCGCCCUUCGCUGUGCUCGCGCGAAUACAAUAGGUGCCUCGGUACCGUCAUCGUGAAAAAAGACUGUCAGGAGUGCCUUAUAUUACUUCCUCCACACGAGUUGGACUUGUACGAUACGAUACGUUCGCCGUCACCGUCAUCGGUCGAGAGAUCCCGAGCGGAGAGAGACAGAGAGAGAGAGAGAGAGCGCCGCGGCGCGCUCGAGGACGAGAUACAGAAGGAACGAUCGACACAGCAUUGUGUGCAUCUGACUGUACGUAGCUCCCGAUAAUUCACAGACGCGACAAUAAGAGGUUCCGCCGUAAGGAUGCUGUACGCUUUCGCGGAGAUCAAGAGGCCGCGAGUCGUAUCACGAGCUGUUUACAGCAGCGUAAUCAGCUGAGAAUGUCGGAGCAAAACGGGCCCAGCGAGGGCCCAGGACCAGGGCCCGGUUCGGAUUCAGGCUGGUGGCCUACCCAGACCUGGAAAUCAUCGUCGUCAUCGUCAUCGGCGACGGCGGCGGCGACCUCAUCGUCAACUUCCACUUCAGUGGCAGGUUGCGCGUCCAUUUCGGUUUCCUGCGCUACGUCCAGCUCGUCACCGACGAGCUCCUCCACCUCGACCAACACGUCCGCGACCUGUUGCCCCCUGUCUUGUAUCGGGGUAUCGAUGAGCCCGAGUCGUUCCACGGAGACGGGGAAAAACGUGUCCGUUACCACUAUUAACGUACCGCCCAAUCAAGAGAUGCACGAUGGUAAAGGAGUGUGUAAAUAUCUCGGGGGACAGAACGGCGUGACGGUGUCGGUGGUAUCGACCUCGGUGCUGGGAUGCGGAAACGCCGUCCCGACAAGCGGAAUCUGCACGAAUACGGGGCCGCAUAGUAUCGGCAUCGGAAUUGGCGGUAUCCUCGCCGCGAACGCGGCCGACAUCGACGAUCCCGAGGAUAGCGACGGCGAGAUCAGCAAGAUUGACUUUAGAGGCGUCAAUCUACGCUCGAAAAAGAAACGCGACGUAUCGGGUAACCAGAAUGGUGACAAGAUCGGCGAUGGGGAUGCAAAUGGCGACGGCGCGGGAUGCUGUGACGAUAAUUCGCAACGGCAGCCCGAGAGACCAAUGUCUUGGGAAGGAGAAUUAUCGGACCAAGAAAUGUCUUCCAAUACAAUUACUAAUCAGGACCAUAACGAAGAAACGUCCAUGGAGGGAGUUCAGGUGUGCAGUACGAGUCCUGGACCCAUGGAACAGAAAUUUCCGAUUAAGUCAGAACCGGAUUUUCGAUCCAGUCCGGCUUUCACAAUAGGAUCCUUUCACGACGCCGGACUACCCAUGACUCAUAAUCAACAACUGCAACAGCAGCAACAGCAACAACGCGGUAUCGAAAAUCUCGAGCAGACUCAACAAAGCGACCUACCGCUUCUCGUGGGCAAGCUUCUCGGUGGAUAUAACAAUUCCACGCCUAAUCAUAGCCCUAUUCUCAAUCCGCGACAUCAUCUAACCAAGCACAGUCAUACUAGAUCGCAGGUGCCGUCACCAGAUUCCGCCAUUCAUUCCGCAUAUAGCGUCUUCAGUUCACCGACGCAAAGCCCUCAUGCAGCACGGCACUCCGCCUUAGCGGGCAGUCCGAUACCGUCCUCAUCGUUAUCCCUCUCUCGGCACAGCUUCAACAAUUCGACCUCCUCACUAUCCCUGUCGCUGUCGCAUUCGCUUUCGAGGAACAACUCGGACGCUUCCAGUAGCUGUUACAGUUACGGCUCGCUUAGCCCGCCUACGCAUUCACCCGUCCAACAAUCGAGACAUCCGCAUUCGCACUCGCAACAUCACCAACAUCAAGUGGCGCAAGGUAGUCCGUUGCAUCUUCCGACAGCCUCGUCCGCUGUCGCCGCGCAUCAUUAUUCAUCCUCUUCCGUGCCAGGGUCGGAAUUGUCGCCGGACGGCCAUCCGGUCGCGGAGGAUCAGGAAGACUGUAGAAUACCCUCGGCGCCAUCGGGUAUUUCCACCAGACAGCAAUUGAUAAACAGUCCCUGUCCGAUUUGCGGUGACAAGAUAAGCGGAUUUCAUUACGGUAUCUUCUCGUGCGAAUCGUGCAAGGGAUUCUUCAAGCGCACCGUCCAGAAUCGCAAGAACUAUGUGUGCCUUAGAGGCGCAGGCUGUCCGGUCACCGUGGCCACGAGGAAAAAAUGUCCGGCCUGUCGCUUCGACAAGUGCCUCAACAUGGGUAUGAAGCUUGAGGCGAUCAGGGAGGAUCGUACCAGAGGCGGUAGAAGCACAUAUCAGUGCACCUAUACCCUACCGGCGAAUCUCGUCGGCAGUCCCGCCGGCGGAAUGGGCGGCAGCGAAAAACUGACGGCGGCGGGCAAUUGCAGUCCGGCACCGGCCGGAAGCGAGCACCAUUAUUCAGUCAGAUAUCAUUCGAAUCAUUCUCACAAGCUGCAAGUGCCGCAACUCUUGCAAGACAUUAUGGACGUGGAGCAUCUCUGGCAUUAUAACGACAAUGAUCGGGUAAGCGGGGGAAUAUCCGGGAAUACGAGAAGCAUCUCUAUUAGCGGUGACAGCAAUAUGCUGCUCAGUGGAUUCGGAAGUGGCGCAUUGGCACCCGGUGGAACUGCGACUGUUAUCGGCGCCGGAAAUAACGGAGGCGCGGUGGAAUGUUCGUCGAACGAUUCGAGCAACGUCGAUACUAACAACAGAAGAGGAGAGUCGGGUAGCCCCACCGGCUCGACUUCCACAGGGGCGUCCGAUCAACAUUCCACGAACGGCAAUACCAUAAAUAAUAGCAAUUCUCAAAUCGCCAGUAAUUCCAAUAAUGGCAAUCCGACGCAACAUCCGGACUUUCUGUCUAAUCUGUGCAACAUCGCAGACCAUCGACUUUAUAAGAUCGUCAAAUGGUGCAAGAGUCUGCCAUUAUUCAAGAAUAUCUCAAUCGAUGAUCAAAUCUGUUUGUUGAUCAACUCUUGGUGCGAGCUACUACUCUUCUCCUGUUGUUUUCGCAGCAUGAACAGUCCCGGUGAGAUCAGAGUGUCUCUCGGCAAGUCGAUCACUCUAGAACAAGCUAGAGAGCUUGGUUUAGCGACUUGCAUCGAGAGGAUGCUCGCUUUUACCAACAAUCUGCGAAGACUGAGAGUAGACCAAUACGAAUAUGUUGCUAUGAAGGUGAUCGUGCUGUUAACGUCCGACAUAAGCGAAUUAAAGGAACCUGAAAAGGUCAGAGCUUCUCAAGAAAAAGCCCUUCACGCAUUGCAGCAAUAUACAAUCGCGAAAUAUCCAGAAAUGCCUGCCAAAUUUGGUGAACUAUUAUUGAGAAUACCAGAUCUACAAAGAACGUGUCAAGCAGGAAAAGAAUUGCUCAGUGCAAAACGUGAGGGAGAAGGCAGCUCCUUUAACCUAUUAAUGGAAUUGUUGAGAGGAGAUCACUGAAUGAUCAGCACAGUAUAAACCAAGCCAUUCCACGCUUAUAGGGUCCAUAAGCUUAGGGAAUCGGAUAUAAUAGGUAAUCGCAAAGUGUAAGAAAGAUUAGAGAAAUGAAAAAACGGCAGAUGUAUAAGAUCUAUAGUGACAUUAGUAUUUGGUGAGGGGAUUGCAUUCUUCGUAAUUAGGUCGCAUUAAUCUAAUAAAGAUGAGAGAGGAACUUUCUAUUUUACACCGGAAUGCUUCCAUAUAGGUCGCGCGUGUUCGUGUUCUAUCAAAACAAGAAUUUCGAAGCGGCCUACGGUACACUGGAUAUUCAGUGUACAUGUAGAUGCUAAUGAGACUGAAAGUAUAAUUGACAUGGAGACACGCAGAGCAUUUACUUUUACAAUGAUAAGCGUUGUAUAAAUAUGUGAGAUGGUAUCAAAUGGCAUUAUAAUGCUAAAUUUUAUUAGAGAUGGGUGUAACCUAUUCGAGCGCGAACUCUUUAUAAUAGGAAACGCGAAAUCUAUAAACAAAGUUGACCUCUGUAAUUAACGGUUAUAAUAGAAAACAACACCAGUAUUGCGUAUUGUUCUGCGCUUACUUAAGAACAGAGCAUAGCCAUGCCUUAUAUAUUCCGGUUAUGAAAGUGUACUUAAAAAACUCAACACAUCAGUCGACCAAUUAUCUACUUAUAGAGCAAUUAAUCAUGGAAUAAUUAGUUCAUAAAUUUAGUGUGUAUAUAUAUAUAUAUAUAUAUAUAUACAUACAGGAUGGGCCCAAACGUUCCGGCCAGACUUUGAGAUUUUAUAGGAAAUUUAAUUCUAAACAAAAGGUUUCCCUGAUAUUUGUAAAAAUGUAUAAAAUAACCGUAAUUUCACAGGUUUCUGGGCGCUAACUCUUUAAGGAAGCAUUUUUCGACCCAUGUUUAUAGGAAACUUUUUGUUCAGAAUUAAAUUUCCUAUAAAAUCUGAAAGUCUGGCCGGAACGUUUGGGCCCAAUCUGUAUAUAUAUAUAUACAUACACAUAUAUAUCGUCCAUGGAGUACAUGGUUCUUAUCGAUCACACAAAAUACAUUUUUUAUUCUCUUUAUAUAUUUUAACAGCUUGCCAAAAGAAAAACAAAACCAAUUGGUAUAAGUAUCAGAGAAAUUUGCAAGAGGUGAUGUCAAGCGCGAAUACAUAUAGCUGCUAUCUUUUCUGUAAAUGUUUUCUUUUUAUUUUUUGUUUUUUUUUAUUUUUUAAGAAAGAGAUUGGCUAAUAUUGCUGUUCCGUUUUAUUUGUGUAGAAAAAUUUUAUUAUUAUUGAGAGUUAUCAAAGAAUGAAAAUAGCAAAUCAGAUUAUAUGUUAUAUAUACAUCUUUAUAUCUAUCUAUAUAUAUAUAUAUUUAUAUUAUAUAUCGUUUUGCAUGAUUAUUUAUAAUAUAAUUAUAAAAAAAUAUUGGUUUUUAUUUCUUUCAAUAUGACAAACUUUUAUUAAGAAUUUACCCAAAUUUUAUACUAGUACCAGUAAAGAAGAAUGUUUAUUUUAUAAUCGUAAAAAACAAAAUUUUUAGAAAACUAAUAUAUUUGCCAAUCAUGCAAAUUAUUAUUUUAUUGUUAUGAGAUAAUAUUCUCGAAUAUAUGAUACAGGCUAUCAAUCAAUACUGAUAUUUGAGAAAGAAUAUGAUUUGAAAUUUAUAUAUACACUGGUUGUAUACAUAUAUGUAUAUAUAUAUAUAUA